AUACAAUAUAAUAUAACUCUUGUGCAUUUGAUCUCUCAUAUAAUAUUUUCUUCAACUUGCUUUUUGUGAAGAUCAGAUACUAAACUUAUCAUGGGGGAUUCCCCUGCUUCAUACAUAUACAUGCAUCUGAUAGAAAAGUGUCUAAUUUUUCACAUGACUAAAGAGGAAUGCAUAGAGGCCCUUUCCAAGCAUGCAAAUAUCAAAUCUGUCAUCACUGUUACUGUGUGGAAUGAGUUAGAGAAAGAGAACAGGGAGUUCUUCGAGGCAUACGCUAAAUCACAUAAUAAAAAUCGCGCAAUAGAAGCAAAGGCAGAGGCAGAGGCAGAGGCGGAGGCAAGUACAAUGAUUCAGAAAUUGUUAUUGGAUCAUGAUCAUACUAAAAAAUCAGACAAGGAAUAACAAAUAAUCGUGUGUGUCGAAUCCUCUAAAAGUGGUA